AUGGUUUCGAACCUCUUCGGUGUUCUACGGCGAAAACUGCGAAAUCCACAUUUCGAAGCAAAGGGAACCGCGAAUGUUCAUGGGAAGGACAAUUGGUUAGAUAAUGAUGAUAUUCGACCUUUAAAAUUAGCCGAUCGUACUUGGAAUGUUUUGACUUAUCUUACCUUUUGGUUUUCUGCAAGUAAGUCCUUCGAUGCUAUCAUUGCGAUUGAUUACACGGGUUUGAAUUUGAUACUGACAUGUAUUGUGAUAGCUUCGACGGUUUCAACAUGGUAUGCGGCUUCGAGUGCCCAAGCUUUGGGAUUGAGUAUGUGGGAAUCGGUUCUGUGUGCUUUUGGUGGUCAAUGUUUGAUUGCUAUUGUCAUCGUAUUCAAUGGUAGAUCGGGAGCUGUGUAUCACAUAGCGGCAUUUGGUGUCUUCGGUGCAUGGUGGCCUACUUUCAACCGUGCUGUGAUGGCUAUUGUUUGGAAUGGUGUUAAUGCGGUCCAAGGAGGCGAAUGCAUUUAUGUUAUGCUUCAUACCCUCAGUCCACGUGUUGCCAACUUCAAGAAUGUCAUGGGAGAGGGAUCGGCUCUUGAUUCGGGCGGUAUGCUUGGACUUGGAAUCUUUUGGGUUCUCACUUGCUGCUUUCUUAUUAUUCCUGUCCCAAAGAUGACAGGUCUUGUAUACGCCAAACUUAUCGUCUUUAUCAUUUCUGCGAUUGCUAUGUGCGCAUGGACUUUGACCAUGGCAGGCGGUAUCGGACCUGUCGCUCGUCAACCAGGUACUGUCAAAGGUUCAGAACGAUCAUGGCUUCUCGUACGAUUCAUACUUCUUGGAGCUGCAAAUUGUGCCACAUUUGCUUCCAACGCGGCCGAUUUCCAACGUUAUGCACGUAAACCAAACGAUGUUAUCUGGGGAAACUUAGUCGGAUUUCCCAUCUCCAAUUUAAUCGUAUCUAUCAUCGGUAAUCUAUACUUUUCGGCGAAAUCAUCUGGUCUCCCCUUACAUACCUUGACCAAAUUCUUGAACGAACAUAUGAUGGUCCAACUCGAGCUGGGUGCUUCUUCAUCGCCGCUUGCUUCUCUUAUUCCGCAAUCUUCUCUUCGAUCUUUGAAAAUUCUAUUCCAGCUGGAAACGAUAUCGCUGCUCUUUGUAAGUCAACAACUUUCUCUUCACUUCAUCCUAAAAUCUCCCAUAUACGAUAUCCGGAUGGUUUCUGAUAAUCAUCUUCCUAGUCCCAAAAUACAUAUCCAUCCGCACCGGUUUUCUUCCAUCUGCGCCGUCAUCUCCAUAGUAAUUCAACCCUGGUACCUCCUCAAAUCGGCCGUAAUCUUCAUCUCCUUCCUUGCCUCCUACCAAAUUUUUCUCUCAGCCAUCACCGGCGUUCUUCUUUGCCACUACUUCGUCAUCGCCCGCGGUUUCCUAAAAAUCCCAGAUCUGUACACCUCGGAUAAAAAAGCCGCGUAUCAUUACAAAGGCGGCUGGAAUUGGCGCGCGUAUGCAGCAUAUGUCAUUGGUAUCAUACCUAACUUCUACGGCUUUUUGAAUAACAUGGGAGUUAAAGCUCCAAUGGGUGUCACACGAGCAUACUACUUUGCGUAUCCGAUUGGACUGUUUGUGAGUUUUCUGGUCUAUUGGGGGCUUUGCUGGUAUUGGCCGGUGGAAGUUCAAUAUGCGCUUUCGGAGUGGAGAGAGGUUAAGGAUUAUGUUAGAGAGGAAGAGAGAACAGAGGGGGUGGCGAGUGGAUGGGGAAGUGUGGCGAGUAGAGAGGAAGCGGGAGAGGGAGCUGUAGGGACGCCGGAAAAAGAUAACUCGAAUGUGAGAGAGGAGAAAAAUUGA